AUGCAACUUUCUCUUCGUACACUUUCUAAUCUUUUGUCAACCUCUCCCGAUCUCAAUUCAAUUAUUGAACAACAAAUUUGUGACAAAUUCUUAAGAGUUGCUUCUUUAAUUUUCUGCUGGAAUUUUUCUCCAAAAUAUUUAUAUUUACAUUUUAAAGUAAUUAUAUCAGCCCUUCGGUCUAACACUUUUCGACCACCAGAAUCUUGGCAUGAAUUGUUUAAAGAUACUUCAAUAAUUACUUUCUUUAUGCAGAUGCACUCUCGAAUUCGUUUUAAUGAAAGACUUUGUGAAAAUUCAAUGGUUUGUUUAACCCAGCUAGCCUCUCUUAUUGGUGAUGCUCUUGGACCUUCUGGACCAAUUGCUGUUGUCAUGCCUUUAGUUGGCAACUUGGGUGAACGACGGCUGGCAACUGUUAUGGGUGGUAUAGAUGAACCAGUAUCUAGUAGAAAACCAAUUCUACAUGACCUAUAUGUUCAGACGUUUGCUAGUCAAAUGAUUGAUUUAUUUUCUGAUAUGGUACUUGAUCACGAAAUGGUUUCACUUAGUCUGGUUAUUUACAAAUUAUUCACUUGCCAUCCAAUUUUGAUUUUUGAACGUUUUCCUGAUGAAUUGUUGCAUCGUUUUGUUGAUUUUGUUGCAAAAAAUAUUUUAAAACUUACACAACCUACAAUAUUUUUAGCAAUGAAAAAUGACCAGACAUACAGCUCAGCAUUGGGCAAUCUUUUCCAAGUUUGGCGCCCACUUCUCCGUUCAGCCCAUAUUUUUAAAGAAAAUAUUUCGGUUCUGAUUGAAUCCCAUAAUGUUGCUAUUAUUGAGACUUUUAUUAAGUCAGUGCUUUCACCGCCAUUUGGAAAUCGUGAAAAGCCAACGUCCGGUGAAAUUUAUGAUGAAAACGAGGAUGAAGAAGACGACAGAAUUGUGUUUAUGGAUAUACUUUGUGAUAUUGGAUUUUUUUGUUUAUAUUCUAUAGAUUAUUUUGUUGAUUUUUGCAAUUGUUCAACGUCUGGUCGAAUUAACCUCAUUAAAUUUGCAAACUGUUGAUUCAAAACAAUUGGAA